GUUUUACAAGAGUCUUGAUUAUUGUGCUAAGGUCUUGUACGUAUUUAAACUUUAUACUGAUUUUAAGGCGUGAAAAAUAAUACAUAUAAGAAAGUCAUAAUUAAGCGUAGGUCGUGUUUGGUGCUGUAAAAACAUGUUUUCGACCUGUAGCAGCCAUAAUGGAAACAGAAAAUCAUCUCAACCUGCAGGGACCAUUCAAUACAACGUUGGGAACAGAGACACUUUAAGAAGCAUUGCGGUUAACUUUAACACUACCCCUUCAGCGAUUAUGAAGUUAAACAAACUAACGUCAAGUUACAUUUUCCCUGAACAAGUUUUAUUUGUCCCGGAGACGAAUAUUUUGAAACCAACAGUAGAACAAGUGUCCCAAAACUCGGGAACAAAUUUUGACGGAGAUUUUUCCUUCCUGGCUCCUUUGUCUGCAUCACCUGGUCAACUUGACUUCUCAAAACCAAAGAAGUUCCAGGAUUUGCUGGUAGUUUCCACACAAGAGGAUAUUAAAGAUGCAAACAGUAAUUCAAAACUGCUAAGAGACAUGGGAGCAGACACCAACAAACCAGAGGUUACAACAGAGACUCCAGUAAGCCCCACUAUAACAAGAGGUAUCUCCCAAACAUCGGACACAAGUGUGGAAGGUAAACAACCUCGUACACGAAUGUUUUCAACCGAGUCCGAACCAUUUGAGGAAAACUUUAUAAAGAUGACUGUACGAUAUAUUACCUCUACUCAGGAAACUGUUGAAGGUGUUCUUCUUGUCACACCGACCUCAAUAAUGUUCGAUCCUGAUGCAAACGAUCCACUUGCUAUUCUACAUGGGUGCGAAAAGUUUGGAAUCAUGUGUAACUUGUCUCUAAUUACAAGUGUUUCCAUGUUCUGUGAUAAAGGAUGCAGUAGUACAAGCAAAAUCCCGGAACCUCCGAAACCAAAAGACGAAAACAACACCCCACCACACGAUGGCCAACUUGUGGAUAUCUCGUCAGAUUCAACGCCCACGAUCACGCCCACUUUACCGACCAAUCAGGAGGCUCAAAAAUCCCCAACCGGCCAAUCAGAGACCUCGGAUAAAGAAGAAAAGGUCACGACACGAGCAGAGGUUAAAUUGAAAGAAGAAUUCCCGUUUCUUCACUCGGUUGUCAAGUCUGUUGAAGAAUUUUUCCCCGAUGAAGAAACGAACCAAUCAGGUCUCGGAUCCCCGGCACAGAUCAUAGAACGUAUGUAUUUAUGUGUAAGAUCAAACACGCCAAUGAUGAAAACAUUUUCAAUUCACUCCGAUCUCGAAAAGGGGAAUACCUCGAUGACGUCAUCAUCAAGAUCGAACGACGAAUCGAAGGAGAUUUGGUUUCAAACUCAUCGCGAGAGAUCCGACCAGCUACUAGCAUUCUUCAUGCAAUGGAACCCGGAUCCGUAUACACUCGACUUCGCUGAACAGAACGGUUUCGUGGUGAUGGAUCCACUUACGGAGUUUGAAAUCAACGAUAAACCAAAGUGUGACGUCACAGACAACGACGCACGUGGUCGCUCUUCAACAAAUACGUCACUCGAAUUCAUUGAAGAUUUUUUCGCGGAAUCCAGGAUUGAGAAAGAGUGGGAGAUUGUAAGUGUGGAGGAAGCACAACGCCGGUCAACACUGGGAGCCAUCGAACUCGCAGAUGAUGAUACUUCGUUGAUGCCCGAUCUACUUGACAGCAGCAACUUGUUGAAUGACGAUACCUUGCUAGAGUUAUGUCGUCACAUACCAGCGCGUACCAUUGGUUGUGCAUGGAAACUUCUAUACAGCACAUUUGAACAUGGGAUGAGUCUACGUACAUUGUACAGGAAAGUUACGAAUAAAUAUCAUGAAGACACGCCAGUGGUUAUAGUGGUGCAAGACAGCAAUGGCCAUGUUUUUGGUGCUUUCUGUUCCAAUGAGCCACACGUCAGCGAACAUUUUUAUGGCACGGGUGAAACUUUCUUGUUCACGCUUGAACCGAACAUAGAAAUCUUUACCUGGUCGGGUGAAAAUAAUUUCUUCGUCAAAGGAAAUCCUGAUUCCUUGUCCAUCGGGGGUGGAGAUGGUGCUUCGGGGUUGUGGCUUGACAGUGACUUGUGCCACGGCAGCAGCCAUACAUGCCUCACCUUUCAAAACAAUCCACUUGCCUCAACAGAAGACUUUUUUAUUCAAAACGUUGAGGUUUGGGGGUUUGACGCCAGUUGAUGUGACGUCAUAAUAACCUCUAUUACCGCAUAUGCACACGAUUUUUGCCGCUGGUGCAAGAUGGAGAUGUGUUUUCAAUUUACUGAAAAGCGAAUGAUCAAAAGUGGAAGAAAAUCUGAAAAAGUGGAAGUGUUUUUGUGGCAGCAUUACUCGGUUUGUUUGCCUUUUGUUUCGGAACAAACCUAUUCUGUUGUGACGUGUGAAAACCACUGUUAUGUCAUAGGGCCAAGUUAAUUGGUUCUAGUUUUCGUAUCUAUUUAUAGCUGCUGCAAAGAACAUCAGUAGCUAUUAUAGUAAGCGUGCAAUCUCUAUUGUUUUCAUUUUCGUUAACUGCUAUUGUGUAAUAAAUUACUGUUAAAAGUUGAAA